AUGCCGAGCUUCGUGCACUUUUUCUGCGGUUUCUUGCUGAUCUCUCCCAGGUCUUGGAUAAGUUCGACGUUGCUCAUGCGGCUCUCUCUGCUCUUGGUGGUGAUGGUCCUCUUGGCGGUGUUACUCUCGUCGCGCCCUUUCCUGAUGCAGGUGCUCCUCCAGAGCAUAUCCCUCGUGCGGACGGGGGACUUCGUGGUCCAGAGGUUCUGGGUGACCCUCCUGACGGGAUUUCUAAGCAGGACCGCUGUCGGCAGAUGCUCAGGGCGAUCGGAAUCACACCUGAGAUGCACGCCUCAUUUCGUGCUCCCACUGGUACCUCUAUGUCUAUGUCCUUCUCUUCGGCUUCCAAUUCAAUUUGCAGCUGGCUGCACGAUGAUAUGUUUUGACCCGACGGUUAUCGUUGGCUGUGAGUAG